GUGCUGAGUAGAACGAGCAGCAGGCACACUACGAGAUCAAGUGUAGGAGUGUGUGUUUGUUUGUGUGUCUGAGAGAGACAGAUACAGGCAGACUCAUUGGAUAACUACUGUAUUGUGAAGCCAAUAGUAUCCUCUAGUAACACAGACAAAAGAGCAGCGUGUUUUCUCAGAGGAGUUGCAGGAAAAGUCUGAGAGAAGAGAAGGAGUGAGUGUUGGAGGAAGAAAAAAAAAAAAGAGACUAAGACAAGCCCCCCAUCUUCACCAGAGAGCAGGAGGUAAACCGCCGGUAAGCAAAUACUAAUGACCUGAAGGAAAAAAAAAACGCGGAGCCGCGCAUCAGGGGGGCCCGGGCACAUAUACACACACAGCCACACACACAAGCAAGACGAGCCCCCAUCACUGCUCUCCACUCCUACGUGAUCCUCUCUCCCACCACACGCAGACACAAGGGCCGCACUGACACAUCCAAGGGAGUGGAGGAGUGAAGAGGACACUUGCCGCAGGACUUCGUCAAAGUAAAAGUCGUCCUUGGAUUGUUUUUAGUUUUUUCUUUUUACUCUGAAGCCAGAAUCCUACUUUUGUGCUGACUUUUCCAAGUACUCCCCCACCCCACCCCUGCCAGGAGCAAAGAUGAGCUGCAGGAAAAGGUGCAAGCGGGAGAUCUUCAAGUUUGCACAGUACCUGUACAGACUCAUCACGGGCACGAACACCGACAGUGUUGAAGAUGAGCUUGAACUGUCUACAGUCCGCCAUCGCCCCGAGGGCUUGGAGCAACUGGAAGCCCAGACAAGUUUCUCACGAAAGGAGCUACAGAUCCUUUACCGCGGCUUCAAGAAUGAAUGCCCAAGUGGAGUCGUCAACGAAGAAACGUUUAAAGACAUCUACGCACAGUUCUUCCCACAAGGAGAUGCUUCAACAUACGCACAUUUCCUGUUCAAUGCAUUUGACACAGACCACAAUGGCUGUGUGAGUUUUGAGGAUUUUGUUAUGGGCCUUUCUAUCCUUCUGCGAGGCACAAUCCAGGAAAAACUCAACUGGGCUUUCAACCUGUAUGAUAUCAAUAAAGAUGGAUAUAUCACUAAAGAGGAAAUGCUAGACAUCAUGAAGGCCAUCUACGACAUGAUGGGGAAAUGCACGUACCCUGUCCUCAGAGAGGAGACGCCUCGUCAGCAUGUAGAAGUAUUCUUUCAGAAGAUGGACAAGAAUAAAGACGGAGUGGUAACCAUCGACGAGUUUAUCGACUGCUGCCAAAACGAUGAAAACAUCAUGCGGUCGAUGCACCUCUUUGAAAAUGUUCUCUAACUUUUGGCUGGCUGCGGAGGCUUUGGACGAGGACAUCAUCUUUAGCUUGGCCCAAUAACUGACAUGGACUCAUACUGUGUACUGCGUGCUAUGCAGAAUUUUGAUCAUAGAUAAAAUAUUGUUCAUUACUGUGGGCUGCAAGUAGAAGUAGGCAAUAUGGUGCGAACACUCUGGAAUGAGUUGCAUUGUGAAAAUGUUAUUGAAUACAAACCUUUAUAUUAGAUAAAAAAUAAAUAAAAGAGGAAAAAGGUGAAAAUGAAAAAAUCUUAACUUCGAGGUCUCCACCAUUACUCUCUGGAGAGUCUUUCUAUUCUGCAAACUGCAUUAGCCUCCGACAUCACACACACACACACACACACACACGGGGAAAAGAGAUUUGUGUUGAAGGGGUUUUAGAGAGAAUGCUUCUAUCUGUGCAGCAUUGACUUUUAUUUACUGCCAAGUGGAAUCACUGUGACUUUUUACAGCAUAAAAAAACCAGAACAAAAUGCCUGAGGUAACUUCACACCCCCUCUCAGUUUUUACAUUCCAGACUGGCUCUCAAUUCCAGAGUGUUCUUAUCCCGACUUAGUUACCCAUUGUGGUUGGUCUUUUUUUUUUUUUGCUCUUUCAAGCAUUUAGAAACAAAAGAAAACAUACCUUUUUAAAGUGUAUAUACUAUAGAUAAAGCAUUAGAUAAAAACUCUAUGAGAAACUUUUAGACUUUGUUCAAGUUUACUUGCCAACUAGAAUGAGACAACACAAGGAUUGUAUUGAUGUCAAAGCCGGACCAUAAUAUCAAUGGUUUGUCUACAGAAGCACACAGGUAGCUCCGUUUCCCACGAGUAUAGAAGAAGAUGACGCUAUCUUUUAUCAUAAGAUCAAUGCUGCUUUCGGUGGAUGUUCAUUUUACUGUAUGUAUAUUUCCUGUAAAGUAAACCAUCUAUCAAUA